AACAGUUUCUUUGAAUCCCCGUGUCAUGGUGGACUGUAGAAGGCAAAGCUCUGCAUGAGUUUGGUAAAGGGACAAAAUUGAAAAAGAACUCACUCUUUAUAGUUAGUUAUAGACUUAUGGAUAUGGUUAAGUGGCAACCCCUCAAAGAAGAAGCACAAGCUCUAGCAAGUCACAACACAUGUAACCUCCUCACCGCGUACAUGUGUGCCAAACCCAAUCUGUGUUAUAUAUAAAAAGUGACUGAGGUUGUUGAAGAAAAUCUUGGCCCUUUUCAUGUUCUUCAGAUCACUCACUACUAAUCUCUCUUUCUCGGAUGAAAGGCAUCAUGAGUGGUGUGGAUCCGGCUUCUGUGAGCAAAGGAAUGAAGAAACAAGAGAAUCACAAAAACCACUUCAAUAGAGAUGUCAUGCUGGGGAGUGAUCUUUGGACUGAUGGACUAAUUUGUGCUUUUGAAUUUAUUCGAGGCCAUAGGAAGACCCGAUCAGUACAAGACAUGGCCAAGAAGCAGGUUUCAUCAAGUGAACUAAAUAGUCGUUUACCCCCGAAAGGUAGUGGGGAGAACUUUUGUAAAUCUGCAGCCCAAUUAGACUCUGGAAUUGGUGAUAGUGAUAUGGUUGACGAUCAUACUGAUAGCAAGGAUUAUCAAUCAGGCUGUUACCAUGGGAAGGAAGAAUUCCCGAGAAGUUACUGGAUACCGAUAGGUUGGGCUAGAAUUUCUGAACUUGUCCAGAAAGUGCAAGUUGAUGUUGGCUGGGCCUUGCAGCCUAUCAACUUCUCAGAUGAUGAAGAUGAUGUGACUGUUGCAGAUGUGGCCGCUCCUUACUGGGAACGCCCAGUGGGACGCACUUGGUGGUGUCAUGUAGAUGCAGGUCACCCAAACAUAAGUGCCUGGUUGAGUAAUGCUCAAUGGUUGCAUCCUGCUAUUAGCAUUGCUUUGCGAGAUGAAAGUAAGCUGAUAAGUGAGCGAAUGAAGCACCUUCUAUAUGAGGUUCCUGUUAGAGUUUCUGGGGGACUAUUAUUUGAGCUCCUGGGGCAGUCGGCAGGAGACCCAUUUGUUGAUGAGGAUGAUAUCCCCAUUGUUCUUCGGUCAUGGCAGGCACAAAAAUUUCUAGUAACAGCUUUGCAUGUCAAAGGGUCAGCAUCAAAUAUAAAUGUGUUGGGUAUUGCAGAAGUCCAGGAACUGCUUGCUGCUGGAGGUACUAACAUACCAAGAACUGCUCAUGAGCUCAUUGCACAUCUAGCUUGUCGCCUUGCCCGAUGGGAUGAUAGGUUAUUUCGCAAAUGUAUAUUUGGGGCUGCCGAUGAAGUUGAGUUGAAGUUUAUGGACAGGAGAAACCACGAGGAUAUGCAUCUUUUCAGUGUAAUUCUGAAUCAGGAAAUCAGAUGGUUAUCAAACCAGGUUAUCAGGGUGAAAUGGUCACUCCAUGCAAGAGAGGAAAUUGUGUUUGAGCUUCUUCUACAUUUGCGAGGCAAUACAACAAGGGGCUUGCUAGAAGGAAUGAGAAAGAGCACCAGGGAAAUGAUUCAAGAGCAGGAAGCAGUUCGUGGACGCUUAUUUACCAUUCAAGAUGUCAUGCAGAGCACAGUCCGCGCAUGGUUGCAGGACAGAAGCCUCACUGUUACGCAUAAUUUAGGAGUUUUUGGGGGAUGUGGCCUUGUUCUUUCCAUCAUUACUAGCCUUUUUGGGAUAAAUGUCGAUGGCAUACCUGGAGCUGAUGGGUCUCCAUAUGCAUUUCUUCUAUUUUCUGGCAUCCUCUUCUUUCUAGGAAUUGUGUUAAUUGCCAUUGGGUUGCUGUACCUUGGGUUGAAAAACCCCAUUAUUCAAGAGGAUGUUGAAACGAGAAAAUUAGAGCUCCAAGAGCUGGUUAGGAUGUUUAAGCGAGAAGCAGAAUCCCAUGCACAAUUACGAAAGACUGCUCCUCGGUCCAAUAUGUCUCCAACUGCUGCAGAUAGACUUCCUGAUGGUGCAAAUUAUGUUCUCAUCAGCUAAUCACAGGAAUCCAAGAUCUCAAGACGUUGAAGAUUAUUGGUGGAGGGCAUGAAGCCGGUGGACUUUAUUACUUGGAUCGAUGUGGUUCUUCUCGUUUAGUGGCUUCUCAUUUGUCUAUCUCGCCUCUUCAGCAUCAUUGUCGCCUUGGUCAUCCAUCUCUCAAGAAUUUGAAGUCAUUAGUUCCGUCGUGUCGUCAAAUUGAGUCUUUACAAUGUGAAGCAUGUCAGUUGGGUAAACACCAUAGGGUGCCUUUUUCCAUGUUGUUUACUGUGAAAGUGUUUUUAGGGUUUGAUAAGUGAACCCUAACACAUAAGUUCCAAUGGAGGAAAACAUUAAUUUGAAAAAGGAAGAAAACUAUAGGAUGAGAUUAUGAUGCAAAAGCUAAUUACUAAAUACUGGUUGUAUAUUAAUAUAUUUUAGAAAAAGGAAAUAAGAAAAGGAGGAAAACAUUUGUCAUCUUAAAUAAUAGAAAAAUGAAGAUUGAAGUUCUUGACAUUAUCUUAA